AUGCAUACCAACUUACACCUCCCUCUCCCCUUCUCCGCCUACCUCCGCCAUCUUAUCAAUCAAAACUCAACUAUGCCAAUCCGUUCAAUCGCUUUUGGCCGAUAUGAUGAGUUUAAGCACCCGGAUACCAUAAAGGCCGGGGUGGCGGAGUUCAUCUCCACCUUCAUCUUCGUCUUUGCAGGCACAGGUUCCGGCUUAGCUUUAAGCAAGCUAACCAACGAUGGUCCUGCCACCCCUACUGGUCUUGUGGUAGCAGCUAUUGCCCAUGCUUUUGCCCUGUUCGUGGCUGUCUCCAUCAGUGCCAAUAUCUCCGGUGGACAUGUGAACCCCGCCGUCACCCUCGGUGCCUUUGUUGGUGGUAAUAUCACUUUCCUCCGUGGUCUUGUUUACAUACUUGGUCAGGUGCUGGGGUCCAUUGUCGCUUGCUUGCUACUCGAGUUUGUCACCAAUGGCAUGUCUGUAGAAGAGUUUACGUUUGAUGAAGGAGUCGGGUUCUGGAACGCUUUCGUAUUUGAGAUCGUGAUGACAUUCGGGCUUGUUUACACAGUUUACGCAACCGCAAUAGAUCCCAAGAGGGGUAAUUUGGGAACAACCGCACCAAUUGCCAUUGGGUUUAUUGUUGGAGCGAAUAUCUUGGCGGGCGGGGCGUUUACUGGAGCAUCUAUGAACCCGGCUUUGUCAAUUGGCCGGGUUUUGGUGAGCUGGAACAUUACCUUGCCCAACCACUUGGUGUUUUGGACUGCACCUUUGAUUGGUGGUGCUAUUGCUGGGUUUGCUUAUGACUUCCUUUUCAUGAACCAAACCCAUGACCAUUUGCCCACAAGUGCCUAAACGUUUUACAAACCAUACUUGUUAAAAUUAAGUUUUUGAGUUUUCUAAAAAUUUGUUUUUUUUUGUUUGUUCAUCUCCUUUUCGUUUGUAAUUUGUGGAUAAAGGAUUGUGAGUUACCCAAUGUGUCCUUGUUGGUUUGUAAAGAUCCAUGGAUGGUGUUUACACUCUAUGUUGCUUUCAGAUUCUUAUAUUUACACUUUGGGUAUUUUAUCCAUAUUUGAAUGAAAGAAUGUUUCAAUGUUA